CCCGCCCCACGGAGUGUUUUCUUUCCUCCCAAACAAAAUCCUCUCCGGAGCGCAUUACACCGCUCUCUAUUACGAAACCGGUCUUUCUCGUCUCCCCUGACCAUAUACGGCGGUUUCCGUCCCUGUAAAUCACAUGAUAUCAACGAAAACGUAAGUUUCAUUUCCGAGGAGCUCCUUGGCGGGCCACGUGGCUUGCCUGCUGGUUGCCCAUUAGAAAGCACAGAGGUUCUUUUUUUGGAAGGAGAGAGUCUAGCUGCUGUACAGGAGGACCACAAAUGCGCCCUCAGAGCAGGGCUGGAAUGAUUUCACUUCUGCUGGCAAGCAGCCACCUCACUGCGCAAGAAGACUUUGCCAACGACCUGUGCCGCUGCAUGCUGGUCAGGGCCGUCUUAAGCAUAUCCGGCGCCGUGGAGCAAAGAUCCCUCCGGCACCCCCUUUCCCAGAGUUGUCCACCUUUUUUUAGGGAGCUGACACCACGCUUACACAUAAUCUCUGCCUGGGGGGGAAAAAACAGGAAACAAACAAACUUUUUUAGUUGCUUGUUUAUUAACAAUGCACUUAUAUAUAUUACACCACCACAUUGAUUUUGCCAGAUUUAAGACAAAUUGUCUUAUUAUGUAACACCUUGUUUUUAACAAUGUUGAUUUCUUUUUAAAUUCAGAAUACAGUAGCUGCGUUAUUCAUGUAAAAUAGUUUGAUACAGUACAUUGUAUGGCAUAGUUUUUCCUCAAAUUCUAAGGUUCUCCUAACACCUUAAUCCUUUGCUUUAAUAAGGGAGAUCUUAAAACAACGUGCAAACGUAUUUUAAAAUAAUUAAAAUUUGAAAUCCACUACAUCAAGCCAGCUCUCAAAAAAUUAACACAUACUGUAUGCUUCAAAUACCAGUUAAGAGAUUUUGCAUACUAUUGGUCAGGUAAGGUUAACAUCAGUGGAAUUCACAACAACAAAAAUGCUUGCCUCUAGCACAUUUCACAGCUUCAGCUGUCACGCACUGUCCCUGAAAACAAUGCAUUGGUCAGUCUGAACCACGUCAAGUAAACUAUGGAAGUAGCAUAUUCACAACACAAACUGUGCUAGAACUUUCUUUUCAAGUCUUAAUUCCAUAAUGUACCCAUAAUGUACCAAUAUGAGGGAGCCACUACUCCCAGCCUGUGAAAAGUAGUGGAACGUGGCUAUCAGACAUUUUGAAAAUGUGAUAGUUUACAGUACAUUCUUGCAGCCCAAUGACAGGUUCCAGGCAUUGCAGUGGGUUGCACUAGAUGACCCUUGGGUCCUUUCCAACUUUACAGGUCUAAGAUUUAAUAAAAGGUCCUUACAACAUAAUGCAAUUUAGUCCCAUAUGAUUAAGCAAUUAUAAAUAAAUUGCAGAAUAAUAAAAAAUUACAGAUUUGUAAAUCCAGGGACUGUCCCCAGGAAACAGGGACAUCUUGUAACCAUACUCUAAUGUACACUAGUCACCUAAGCCAACAAGGUGGGUAGUAUUAUUAUUAUUAUUCCUCACCCAUCUGGCUGGGCUUCUCCAGCCACUCUGGACAGAUUCCAGCACAUAUAGGAACAUAAUAAAAUGUCAAACAUUAAAAACUUCCCAACACAGGGCUGCCUUCAGAAGUCUUCUAAAAGCUGUGUAGUUCUUUAUCUCCUUGACAUCUGAUGGGACAUCUGACAGGGAGGGUGCCACUGCCAAGAAGUCCCUCUGCCUGGUUUGCAGUAACUUCCCUUCUCGCAGUGAGGAAACACUCAGAAGGCCCUUGGAUUUCAGUGUACCUCAGUGUCCAGGCUGAACUACCACUACUACUAUUUGCAGAAUGGCCUGUAUGUAUUUAAUGACAUGUAGCUGCUCCUGUAGCAUUCUAGCCGUUUUGAAUGCAACUUGUCUUCACAGUCUUUAAAAUAAGUUGAAACCUUUUUUCCAGCAUAUUUGCAAAUCAGCUAGCUUUGGGUUUCUGGGAACUUGCUAUUUCUCCUAUUAAAAACCCGAUGCCGUAUUUUGUAUUAAUAACAAGAACAGCUUUUUCCUGGGAUCUACCCAAUAGUACCCCAUAAUAAAGUUUCCAGGGGGAGAUUGGCUGAUAAUUUACCAGGGUAGCUUGCUCUACAGAAGCUUUACACAGCAUGAUGGUGCACCUUAUGCCUGCUAAUGUCUAUGAAUCCUGCUGCUCUCAAAAGGCACAGAUAGAGGGAGUAGUUAUUGGGAAACUUGGCCAGAUGCAAAAGAGGAGAGGGGCACCUACACCUUUAUGAGUUGUGUAGAAGAGGAGCAUUUCCGCAGGCACACCUUACGUGGCAUGUUGCAGCCUGAUGAAAUUCCCUCUACUGCACAACAACUAAAGUGCAUGAGCACACCUCCCUCUUUUGCAUUUGGCCACCCUAAGUGUCAUAUGGAGCUUACCUUUCAGGGAGACUAAGAACAGAAAAACUUGCAUGCCUCACCAGAACAAAUCUUAGCCAGUGUCGUCUUCUUGACCUCUCAUGGCAUCAGAAGCCACUGUGGGAACAGCUUUGUUUGAAGUUGUGCUGGGACAUGUGCUAAGAACCUACCCUUAGUUCUCAUGCUUGGCACCACUUUGGAGGAGAUUUUCUUUUUUUACUGUUGUUUCCAUAGAAAGCUAGAGCUUGUGCGGUUAAAAUCUGAGGAUGCAAGAUAAAAUUUGUCCCAGCUGUGUCUACCACUAAGUUGAUCCUCAGAUAACACCCAACCCUCUUGGGAGCCCCCUCCCACACCCAGCCAGUUUAAUGAUUAGCUUGCCAUGGCUUGUCACACGGUGGCUGCAAACUUGUGCACUUCUGCUUGUGAGUAAGCCCCACCGAUCACGGCAUGACUCACUUCAGGUAUCUGCGUACACUCUGUACAUUUAAAGCAUAUUUAAAGCAUAUCCUUCCUCUGAUAGGAUCUGGGAACUGUAGCUUACCCCCCACAGAGCUACACUUCCCAGCACCCUUAACAAACUACAGUCCCCAAGAUUCUUCAGUAUGUUUGUUUGUUUGUUUGUGCGUGCAUUAAAUGUUAAGGUGUGUACACAGUUGUGUGCAUAGCUUCAGGCUGUUUUCCAACUUCUUAAAAUCAUCUAGAAUUAUCCCCAGUUGGCACAGAGGGCUGAAACUAUUUAGAAAAGCAUUUAUUCUUUUUUGUUAACAUCUGUGUAUGCCCUCAGCUUCUAAACUGCACGCUAGCUAAUUAAAGCACUGAUUUUUUCCAGCCAGACUUUUGCUUUCUAUCCCUUAUGCUGAUACCAGUGGUCUGGCAGGAUUCCCCUCUCUGAGGGAUUUAGUAGAAUGUAUUUGGUGAAUAAAAACCCCUAUAAGUUGCAAGAGGAAGUGUGUCUUCCUCUUUGGGCUUCGGAGAGGAUGCAGAGAUUCUGUUAACAGAUGCAUUCCUUACCCUGUCUGGUGAUUCAGUUCUUCCUUCUGCAAUGGUUCUCCAGGAGCAAAGUGGAAGAAAGCAAUUACUGAACCAACCAAACUGCUGCAGGGAUGAUCAGAUUGCUUUAGGAAAACGAUUGCUAUGGAUGGAAAAUAAUACAAGCUAAUAUUUCAGGUUCUUAUUGGGAGUUCUUGUUGACAUUCAGAACGACCUGUGGAUAACAAUUCAGAACUAAAAUAUUUGGAUCAUCCACACAUUUGUUAUGUGACAUAGUUGGCAGCAUUUGUAUAUUCUCUUUGCUCUUACCAGCAAACAACUCGUUAUCUGUGCCCCGGACAGCAGCAAUGACCUCUGCUACCACCAGAAGCACCUACUAACUGUUUUUACUUGCUCUGUUCCUGUUCUUUGACAGCGGCCUGACAUGCAGGAAUUAAGGGUCCCUCCAGACGGGUGUUUUUUUCACAGGCAUAUUCUGCAACACGUUAUUGACUCAAUAAUAGUGCAUUAGUGGUAGAUUUAUACUGGGAUGCCCACACAAUUAUUUUGCCUUAUGAGUUGUUCUGCAAUGCCUCCCCAACGCUAUUGCAUUAUUGCCACCUAGAAGGGCACACCUGCGUUGUAGCACACAACAAAUAGGAGAGAGAAAACCCCCCAACAGCCCUGGAACAUAUGUGGUUUGAAAAGUUAUAGGAUUUCAGCACUGAUUGGAAACGAAGUCUUAAAAGCAGGAUCACAUAUAACAGCCCUGAUACCCUUAUGGAUGCACAAUAAAAAGGACAUCUAGAGGGGGCCCAGGGUGGUGAGGCUUUCCCCGUCGUUUGUUACAUGCCACAGAAAUCUCCACCUACACUAUUUCUGCAUGGCAAGCCGCUGUUCAAGGCACGGGAGCAGAGUCAUUUAAAAAGGCAGCAAUCCUCAUUCAAAGCAAUCAAGUUCCAUUCACUAAGUCUGCGGCUUACUCCUACCCAUUCAUAGCUUCACACAUGAAUGAGCAUGAACUGAAACCGGCAAACCUGACUACAGCCUUUUAUCCUGUGACUUCGAAUUUUUGCAUAGAUGGGAUUACCCAUCCCUCAGUCUUACUUGCUCACUCUGUGGUUUGUGCCCUUACAUCAGACUGACAUAAGAGUGAAAGAAAGAAGUGGCUUGUUAGUUCGUUGCUAGCAGAAAUAGUUGACUGCGACUUCUAAGAACCUGAAGCACCGUUUUUGUGCAAUAGGCCAUCACCCUAGACAUGCCCAAAACGUCAGGAGAUUUGCCCAAAGGCUACCAAUGGCUACUAGUCAUGAUGGCCAUAUUCCAUCUACACAGCCAGAAGAAAUAUGCCUCUGAAAACCAAUUGCUGGGAAAGUGUUAGGUGCUCGGAUCCUGCUUGCAGGUUUUCCACAGGCAUCUGGUUGGUGAGAACAGGAUCCUGAAGUAGUUGGGCCAUUGGCCUGAUCCAGCAGGCUUGUCUUUGCUUGCUUACUUCUCAGGCACCUCAUUUUUCCCAAACAGUUCUGCCUACUCUUGUCUGACUUUGCAAAGACAAACCUCCAAAUGUCUCAGCUCCCUUGACUAGAAAACAGAUAUCAGUAUUUUGGUAAGUGUUGGCUGCCUUCACAAUUGACAUGUCCAGCACAAUUGUAUUGCUAUUUCACACACUGUGUACCUGUAAAAAUGUACAGUGUGAGUUUAACCAACACGUUUGCACGUUACCCCUGUGAAAGAGCCAGAAUUGGCUGCAGCUCCCUGUCAGGGAUACACUUGAGCAAACCAAGAGUUGAUGCCUCCCAGUGUGUGAAAUGGCCCUCACAGAAGUGGUGGUUCUAUUUGUCCCAGCUCUGCAUGCCAUGGGUGCUUUUUUGGCCUCCGGAAUGCAAUGCUUCCUGGCAAACUAGUUGGGUGGCAUGCCAAAAGUUGGUGAAGCCAAAGCAAAAAAGCCUCCCAUUCUCUUUUACACACAACACACCCGCCUGCUACACAUUUAUAUAUGCACAUCAUGAACAUGCAACACAUUCAUUCUGUCUCACCCAUGCAUACAUAUGCUCCAUGUAACCUUCCCUACCACAAUUAUGCUUCAGAAACCACCCUAUGGGCUCCAACAGCAUCAAUAAAAUUCUGAAAUUGUUUAUAUCCUAACAAUCUAUGAAACAGUGCAAGAACACCAUGCCAGAUGCCAACAAUGCAGUAAUGUUGGGGGAAGCAUCACAGAACAACCAAUGAAGCAGAAUGAUGUGUGGCUGGCCCAGUAUAGAUCUAUUGCUAAGACACUGAUAUUGUGUCAAAACACACACAAACAGCCCCCCCACCAGUCUUCUGGAGGAGAUCCCAGUCUUUAAGAUGUCACAAGUCGCACUGUUUUCCCCAUCUGGCUUUGAAAGCUGAAAUGUGAUCUUUUCCUAUGCUUGACCUGGAAACCAAAAUGCCUUUGGUCUCUGAAACAAUUUGAGCUAUGGAGGGCUAGGCCUACAUACAAGGUGCUAGUUGGCCAUCUAAGUGGCUAAGUAGGGGAGACAGGUGGGAAAGAAUGCAGAGCUUCUGGAGGAGAGCUGAAAAUUCUGAGUAGACGAAGAGGGUGGAAUCUUUUCAGUAAGAAACUCAGGCCUGGGCCCCCUAAGAGGUCAUGCUAGUUUUGGCAGAGAUGGAACGGAACAAGCAGGUGUCUCACCGGUCUAGGAUGGAAAGGCAGUUGUAAGGAUGAGCAAAACUUUAUGGUAGUAACACAUAGGAAUUGGUUUGGGGCAUACUAUUUGAGCAGAAUGAGACAGGUUUUGAAUCAUCAUAGUCUAGAUAUUGCAAAGGAGAACCCAGCAAUCUCCUCCUACCACUCACAGUCUAUAUAUAAUAUAAAAGAGGGGAAUUUUGGCUGUCACAACCAGCCAAACUAGAAAGAGAUUUCUAGCACUUAAAUGUGCAGCUGGUUUAUGGAGGUGUUCCCCCCGACAUCAUUUUUGCAAUGUGCAGAAAAAUCUGUCACAUGCUAAAACAUCACCCACACCCACACCCACACACCGAGAAAGAGCCCACAAGCUUCUCUUUCAGUGACCUCACUCACAUGGUCAUAUUGGAAUCUCAAAUGUAUGUAAAAGGUAAAGGUAAAGGUACCCCUGCCCGUACAGGCCAGUCGUGUCCGACUCUAGGGUUGUGCGCCCAUCUCACUUAAGAGGCCGGGGGCCAGCGCUGUCCAGAGACACUUCCGGGUCACGUGGCCAGCGUGACGAAGCUGCUCUGGCGAGCCAGCACCAGCGCAGCACACGGAAACACCGUUUACCUUCCCGCUAGUAAGCGGUACCUAUUUAUCUACUUGCACUUAAGGGUGCUUUCGAAAUGCUAGGUGGGCAGGAGCUGGGACCGAAAGACGGGAGCUCACCCCGCCGUGGGGAUUUGAACCGCCGACCAUACGAUCAGCAAGUCCUAGGCACUGAGGUUUUACCCACAGCACCACCCGCGUCCCCCCAAAUGUAUGUAACAGAAUACCAAAUUAAGCUGGAGCAGCAGCAGCAGCAGCAGCAGCAGCACUGCAGUGUCAAUCAGUUUGUUGCUAAAAACCCCUGAAGGGAAGCGAAACUUGCUUGAACUCUCCACGUUCGAGAAAAGCAUCUUCCAGGAAAGAGUGGGAAGGUCUUAACAUCCACCUCCUGACACGCACAAAAAGUUAAUUGUCAUAUACCAGACAAGCUACGUGGAGGUGGAAAAGCACGUUCAGGUACCAAUGUGCCCAGAUAGGUCUGGGUACAUCAUGGCACAGCUGGGAAUGUGCAGGGGGAUAGAAAGAUUCAGCACAGUUGCUGGCAUCCCCUCUCCUACCCAACUGUUAAAGGUGCAAGAGUCUCUCUCCUCUUUGGCAUCUAGUCACUUUAUGGACAACUAUAUGUAUGGUUUUAUAACCAGCUGUGAAUAUGUAUGUGUGGAUAACCAGCCUCAUAUAACCAACAUGCUUAAGUCUAAUUAAUGCGUGAAGGGGUUAAUGCCAUAGAGUAAGCUGUCCUGCCAAGGUUAGCUAAGUCAUUCCUCCUAACCUUAGGAGGAAGGUUAAUCAAGUCUAUUGUUGCGCCUCAGUCUACCUGGGAAGCUCAACACGUGAAGAGGUUCUUUUGUAAGUAAACCACUUUUAACUUGCCAAACACACGGUCUUCUUCUAUGUUAAGGGAAGCAGGAAGUUUUGGAACUCACAAGGGCAUAUUUUAGAGGUCUAAAAGCCUAUAUUUACACAUUUUAUUUUGCUGCGUAUUUUGUGAUUUUAAAUCUCCGCUGGCAUUCUCUCACCAAAGAGUACUUGUUCCAAACUUGGAUCUUAGCGCCCAAAUAAUUCUCCUUUCUUACCUAUUUUUCCUUGCUGUCAACAAUAUUAUCAUGCAUUUAACAUGGCAUUUCAUUUGGUUCUUAUUCCUUGGCUUGUUUACUUUGUACUGAAACCUUAACUGAGUUUUGCACUACAAUCCAUGAGCUAGGAUUGCCAAUUUUUUUAACCAUCUCUGCUCCUCUGCCUUUUACAGUUGCCUGAGGCGCACAAAUCAGGCAGAUGAAACUCAUCCUCAUGCCAGGAAAACUUUUCCCUACUUAAUUUCUGAAUGUUAGAAGCAUGGGAGCAAGGGCAGUAAAAAAAUAAAAGAAAGAAACCACGCCCAGGUGUAACAUACCUGAGUCACAUCCGGACACACUUCCUGAGGCAGUGGAUGGUAAUGCAGAUACCUGGCAUUUGCCCAGUAGAUGAGGUAACCAACCUCCUUGAUUCAUAUUAUAUACCAGGUCAGCUGGAGACAAAGGAUCAGGACCAUUAAUUUUGCUUCCAUCUAAUCUAGUAUACAAUAUUUGUUAACUUCCCAACCUCUUGUGAAAGUUGCUGUACAUGUGUCCAAGAAUCAAAACACAUUCUAGGAUAGAAACCAAAAACACUAACCUGGACAAGUGAAAGAAUUUGUGGUGAAAGAAUCUGAGAAAUCUCACAAGAACUUAGAAAAGAAACAUGAAAAAAGAGACAAAGUACCUUGACCUGGCACAUUUAAGAGCCUUUCCGGGAGAGGUACCAACUUGAAUAAAAUAUUGCGGGGGCCCUGGUAAACCACACCCCCAGGGGCACUAAGUAGGGGGGCUGAGGGCAGCUCGCCAAAUUUCAAACCAAAGAGCCAGCCCCCCAAGUUCUUUGGCAGCCAUGCAUACAUGCUGUGGGGUGUGCUGGUGUCAUGCACGCAUGCACGCUGUGGGGCAUGCGUGCACAGUGCGCUGGUGUCGCAUGGCCCCCUCAAUUGCAAGGGCAAGACGGAGCUUGUGCCCCACAUAAUCAAUUGCAAGAUGCAGCACACACGCCCAUUUGAAUGGCAAUGCCCACCAACCUUGCAGGGGCACAUCCCUCAAAUAUUUUAUUAGAGGUGGCUCUUGGCCCCUAUGAGUUGGCGCCUAUGUUUCCCAGAGUCUUUGGGUGUUUUUACAAACAAAAAUUGGCUAGCCAAUUAAUAAGGGGAGGAGUGGCACGAUCUUCUCUUAUGACAGCAGCUUGUUGUGCUACAGUCAGAAGGCAAAACUUUUUAUUGCUAUGGGGAUAAACAUCAUCUGCACAUCAAGCUGCUCUUCAAAACACACACAUACAGUGGCCAGGGGGAAAGCUCAGGCAAAGUCAUUUUCUCUGGUCUUUUGGCAACUCUAAGUGACUCCAUGAUUAAGAACAAGGAGAGGGUGGGGAAGAGGCAGGCUGCCAUUUCCUGUAAUAGAUGAUCAGUCCUUCGACUGCCUGGUUGUGCUUGUAAAAUAUUUAGCCAAAGUAUGUUGAAAUUAAAAACUUGUACAAGUAUUUAUUUGUUUUUUGAGAAAAACAAAAACUUUAGCAAUACGUAUGGUCUAGGGCAGCGGUUCCUGGACUGCCGUCUGCAGACUGCCUGGAGCUUUGUUCAGGAGGUGUGCAGUGUGCUUGUGGAUGAAGCACAGCCAUCACAUGAAAUAUUCAUAUUGAUUUUUUAAGUCAUCUUUUUAUUGCGUUUGAUAACUGGGUGUCAUGACCUGGCCCAGGAAAUAUGCCAGAACCCACAGCACACACCCCUGUUGCUCUUGCCCUCUGUCACAGAGCACGUUUCUGAUGUACAACUGGCCUCAGCCUGCUGAGUCUGCAUAAACACGUUUCUCACAGUCACAACCACACACAGUCACAACUGCAAUGUGGUUGCCAUUGUCCUGUAUUGGAAAUAUAGGCACCUCUCUCUCUCUUGCUGUUAGCUCUCUAUUAUUUUACAAGAAAUUCACUGCUGUCUUGGCCUUGAAGCUCUGGCAGCUUGCUAAUUCUCCCUGCACCCCACCCUCCACAUCUAUGAAAAGAAAAUGCACUUCUGCAAAGUAUUGGAAGACACAAGAUCUACCCACCUUGGAAGAAUGGCAGAUGAAGGUGAUGGACUAUAUGGAACUGGCGGAAAUGACUGGCAGAAUCCGAGACCAGGGAGAAGAGUCGAUGGAGGAAGAUUGGAAAAAGUUUAAAGAUUAUUUACAGAAAUAUUGUAAAAUUAAUGAAUGUUAGAAUGAUGUUGGAUAGAAACUAAGUGGUCUUUAGCUGAAAGGUUACAAGGGAAGAUGAAAAAAGGGUUUAUUAUGUAAUAUGUAAAAAUCUAAAAUUACAACAUUUUUAUGAUUAAUGAUUAGGAUACUAAAAGAGGGGAGGGAUUUGCUGAACAAAAUAAUUGAACUGGAAUACAAAAAAGGAAGGUGUGAGGAGGUCCUGGAAAUAAGUAAAUGAAGGUCAAGUAAUGGAAGGAAAGAAUUGUUUUUAAAUAUUUUUACUAUGUAUUUUUUUCCCUUUAUCUUUGUGUGUUUUGUAAAACAUUGAAAAUCUUAAUAAAUAUCUUAUAAAAAAAAGAAAAAAAAGAAAAUGCACUUCUGUCUUUUGCUGGCAUAGCCGCUAUCGUGGGCCUCUCUUAUCAGCUUCCAAAACAGAGAAGAAUGAGCUAACUCUAGGAGAUCUUCAAAGAAGAGAAGCAGUAAAUUCUCCCGACGCACAUUAGGCUUCAUGAAACAGAUAGUUUUAAGCAAAGUUCAUACAAAAUGUUGCUUUUCUGUUAUCUGGUACUAUGGUAUUGCGUGGUACAUAGUAGCAUGCCGUGAGCGUGCAUAGAUAUAGCCAACUGAGAUAGUUUAAGCUUCUGUAGUAAUUGUAUUUCUUUCUGUAAUAGUAUAAAAGUUUUGUGCACCCUUUGUUUGGGGUCCCAGCUUUUCGUAGAUAUCCACUGGGGCCUCUAGAUUUAUGCUGCAGCAAUAAAUAUGAACUCUUUUCACGUGCUGAGUUUGCCUUCUUUUGGCAGAAGGGCUAGCAUUUUUAUUCCACUCUCCUUUGUUGAUUAACAUUUUCUUCUAUUCCUUAUGUUGUUUGGUACUGCAUAGUAAAAUGAGUUCUAUGGAAUGCAAUAAUAAAAUGCAAUAUAUAUUAAGAAAGAAAAGAAGCAACAGAAUAGAGUUAAAACUCAUAGAGCAACAUUACAAACAGAAAAAUCAUUAAGUGGUCUGCCAAGACCGACAGCAACUUUCAAGUAGUCUAUGGGGAAGAAACCUUUGAAAAGCACUGGUCUCAGGGCGGCAGAUACAAAAGAGGGAGAAGGCCCCUGCAUUUUAAAGCCUUGUGUAGAAGAGGGAAAUUUAAGCAGGUGUACCUCACAUGACAAACAGCAUCUGCUGAUAUUCCCUUUUCCAUAUAACUGCUAAAAGAAGUCCCUCUCGUCUUUUGUAGUUGACCACCUGUCUGGGGCAGGUGUUGAGAUGAUCAAAAUAAAUGAAUAGAGAGGAGGGGUAAGCCUGGUCUGCUUUUGUGACCUUCACAGCAGCCUGGUAUUCCAGUGACUCUUCCAGACAUAGAUUAACACAGUUCCCUUGCUAAUUGCUGCAGACCAAGCCCCCUUUGCCCAAUACAGUUAAAGGAACUGGUUCAAAAGUUGACAAUAACUCUCUCGCAGGACCACAGCUGCUUCUAACUUCCACUCAGAACUCUAGAAGCCCAAGCUUAGGGGUUUUUGAUUAUCAACCACACUUACUUUUCUGGUUGGGGAUUCCCAGUGGAAACGAGAGGUGCUACCACAAAGAGUUACUCCUAGUUUCAAUGUAGUCUAAAAUAUCUGAAAUUAUCCUGAGCAGCUGCAUUCCUAAUUCCCUUCUUGCCUGUUACUUCACCAUUUUAAGCAUAAGGUACCAUGGGCAGAAUUGCUCCUUCACCAUGUAUUUGCCUAGUAUUUGGCAGCAACAACCAAAAAGGGCUUUGAUUAGGGCCUGCUUGCAGUUUGCCCUUUUCUCUCUGGAUUCAGAGAAGUAAGAGCUGUGAUUUGGAAAAACAAUUGGCAAGCAGUGAUGUUUUUUUUAAAACGGAUGCUAUAUACACUUGCCCUACCACUUCCAAAUGGUUCCACCUUCUCUUGAAGAUGCUAAGUGUGGAAAUAGCAUAAGAAGGAUUUCACUUAUAGGAAACAUGCAUUUCUUUUGUUCAGCUGAGCAUCUGGUAAAACAGGUCUUUGAAAUACAGUAACAGUUGUUUGGGGACACACGGGCUGGUGACAUGUGUAAUGUUUGGUAUUUAUAAAAACUGUUUGAAAGAGGAUUUAUUUAUUUUUUUGUAGCGGCUGUGCACUCACCCUACUUUCCCCCCUAGUAAUGUACACACCAUAAUGUCAGGAUCUGGGCAGAGGAGGGGGAAUGGUGGAGACCGCCUCCCCAUCCUGACCCUUCCAGGGAGGAGGAAGACAGUCAUGGGAGAGGAGGAGCAGGCAGAGCCGGAGCAGCAGCUGGCUGACACAUUAGAAAGCAUUCCAGAUUCACCAUCUCCCAGAACCCAGUGAGAGCUUUAAAAGCUGGAGAGCAAAGAGGUCGAAGACAUGGGGCACUUAGCAGCACCCAUAGAGGAGAUGAUAAUGACGACGACGAAUGAGGAAGUGGGAGAGAAAGGGGGUGGAGAUUCCUUUGGGACACUGCCACUGUCCAAGAGUCUGGGUUCUAUAGCUUCUCUCUGUAAGGUUUGAAAUAAAAAAGGACUGUAAGAAACUUUUCCCUGUCUUCAUACUUUCCAGGGCAACCACCCAGGAGCCACUGACAGCACCCUCACACACAAGUAAUCAAUUCUCUUUCAAGCAGCCCAACAAUGUGUGUUGGGAAUAAUCUGUCACCAACCUGACAGUCCUGGAGACUGACAGUCCUGGCAUGGCACUCAAGUGCUAAAAGCUAAAUCUUUUUGAAGGAGGUGCUAAUCCUUCCUCUGUUUAGUCAGGAGUCAGACCACUUGUUGCAAUGUCUUUCAUCCCAGCACUUGUUCCUUUUACAGAAAUAUUGUUGCAUGCACCCCAAUUUUCCUUGCUCGUGGGUCCAGCACAGAGCAAGACAUGUCUGUCUCUCCAACUUCCAGCACCAGCCAAAGCUCCUACACAGAACUCUUGCUAUUGUCCUUCUACUUUGCAAGGGGAUGCUGCUUCCCAUUAGGUGAGAGGGGUUACCUCCCCUUUGUCUCUAUGGCAAUAGGGCAAUAUUUUCCCAAUGUAAAUGGUGGUACUUAACUGGUUGGCUAAGCCAUAGCCUUUGCAAUGGAAUUGGUUUUACUGGCUUCCUCUUAGAAUCAUAGAAUCAUAGAAUUGUAGAGUUGGAAGGGACCACAAGGAUCAUCUUGUCCAGCUCCCUGCAAAUGCAGGAAUCGUACACCCAAUGUGGGGCUCAAACCCAUGGCCCUGAGAUUAAGAGUCUCGUGCUCUCCCAACUGAGCUAUCCCAGUGUUGAGAUUCUACCCUCACCUACACAGGAUCACAGGUUUGUAAGGUACCCAUGGCUAUCAUCUAUAUUGACCCCCCCCAAAAAACCCCCACUACAACAAUAUUUGUUUUUUUAAACAAAAAACCAGGUAUAGGCCUUCCUUUAGCCCCCCCCCCCCGGUGAUAAUUUGUUUGCUAGCUUAUUCUGAUGGUGAAAGAAGAAGUGAAAAUUUGCCCGCCCUGAAAUUUAAAUGCCACUUCUUUAUUUUACUGUAAGCAGCCUUUGCUAACCAGGUGCCCUCCAGACAUUUGAGGCCACAACUCUCGCCAACCCUAGCCAGAACCCCAGGUUGGGAAAAGUUGAUAUAACAGUCAUUGCAUACACUGGAAAAGCCCCAGACCAGAAUGCAUCCUUCCUCCGGUUUACCAGGUUAUGACUGUAAUCCUACACACACUGUAGUUGGGAGUAAGGGUCACUGAACAUAUUUGGGACUUGCGUUCAUGUAAGACACACAAAGGAGUGUGCUAUAAAGGAUGACAACAGGUGUGGGAAAUGAAAGAACUAGGUAUUGUUUCUGCAUCUAACAGCAGCAAAAGGCAGCCUCAUGCACAGAAAGCCUGCUUCCUAUUACGCUUUGCAGAGGUACCUUGUUCUACUGCGGACAAGCUGUUUUGCUUCCUUCCUUGUUUCUCUUCCUUGUUAUUUUUCCUCCCUGAGGCAGAGUUUAUUAGCACAAUUGAAACUGGCUGAGCAAAUAAAGCUGCUUUCUGUCGUAUCAGCACUUGCUAAUGGGUGGAGACUUCAAUGAAAUUUUAGAUCCACAGAUGGAUACCACCCAGCAGCUAGGGAAAAAAGGACGAAGGUUAGACUAUUAAUAACUAUAUGAUACAUUGGAAUUUAGUGGAUUCAUGGAGAUUGCAUCAUCCUAAGGAAAAAUCAUAUACAUAUUUUUCAGAAAUUCAUAAUACCCAACAUAGAAUUGAUUUAUUUCUAACAUCAGCAUCAUUACAUCCCUUUACUAGCUGAUGUGACAUUGAUAUUCCCAUUAUAGCUGAUCACUCAGCAGGUAUACUGGAAUAUAAUUUAUCUAAAACUCAGGAAGGUAUGAAGAGAUGGUAUCUUAAUAUAUCAUUAUUAAAUGAAAAAAACUUCAUUCAAUAUAUAACCCAAGAAACACAAAUAUAUUUUAAAAAUAAUUCCAAAUCUUCAAUGUCAAGACUGAUGGAAUGGGAAGGAUAUAAAACUUACUUCAGAGGGAAGAUAAUAUCCUUCUCUGCCAACAAAGCCAAGCUGCAAAGAUUAAAAGAAAAUAAUCUAAAAAUUUCUUUUAAAACACUAUGGGGCGAUAUGGCAAAUAACCCAUCAGGGAAAGAAAUUGCUGGACUAACAAACUGAAUUGGAAUACAAAAGAGGGAGGUAUGAGGAGGUCCGGGAAACAAGUAAAUGUAAAAGAAGUUAUGAAAAGACGGAAUUGUUUUUAACUGUUUUUUCUUUUUUCUUUUUGUAUUUUGUAUUGUGUAUUUUUCUUUUUAUUCUUAAAUUUUCCUUUUUUACCAAUGUGAUUUCUUUUCUGUGAAACUUUAAUAAAUAUUAUUUUUUUAAAAAAAUAACCCAUCUAAGGUUACAUACGAAAGAAUACAACAACACACAUUAGAAUUGAAUAAUAUACUAGCUCAAAAAAAUUGAGUUCAGCCUACUAAGUCUACGACAAAUAUAUUGGGAACAGGGAGAAAGGAUAUUUAUAGCAAGAGUAAUAAAAAUAAAUUGUUAUUUAGCAGAAUUGAAUUUAAUUCUAAAUUAUAUUCCGGAAACAUGGGAGAUUUCCAUGGGUCAAAAAAAAUAUGGAUGCACUGUGCUAUAUUAGAAGCAAAAAAACUUGUUCUGAUGAAUUGGAAGAGCUGCAAAAAGAUUCCAUUGAGCACAUGGAUUGAUAAUAUGGACAGAUUAGCUACAUAUGAACAAAUUGCAUGUCGACGCAAAAUAAGAAUGGAUAAAUAUGAAGAAAUCUGGAGCGAAUAUUUAAGCGAUGAGGCAGAUAGUGGUGGGAAGUAGGGGGAGGAGAGAGAGGUGGGAAAAUAUUGUUAAAAAAGGUGUAGUCAUAGGUAUAUCAGUGUAUUCAAAUCUGAAUUGUCAAAUUGUGUUAUUAUUGUUAUUAUGAUUUUUGUUGUAUGUGUCUUUUGCGGUUGAUGUUUGUAUCGAAAAAAUGUUUUAAAAAAUAAAAUAAAUAAAUAAAGCUGCUUGGUUCUGCAUUUUACAAUGUGAAGCAAAAGAGAAACUCUAAUCUAGAAUAGGCAUUCAUUGGAUCUCAAAUCCUGAGUCAGCCAGAAGGUUGGCUUGUGAUAAAGUUAAUCUAGCACAUGAUAAUAGCAGAGCAGGGCCUUUCCAGCAAAAACACACCCACAGAAACCAAUAGCAGCACCCUUUUCUAUUUGCCAGGUUGCCAUUCCCCAUCCAGAUGGAGCCACGGCUGAGCCACCAGCUGAAACUGAUAGAAAGUACUCCUGCCAUGGUGGCCAUUGGCACCUCCAAUGACAAUGAUAGGUCCAAGAAUACCACCCCACCCUCCCUCCUAAAAGUCUCUGAAAUAUCCCUGCUCUACUCUCUCUCUCUCUUGUGUUACAAUAACUGUUACCCAUGCUGGGAUUAUGCAAUAGCAGCCCUUGGGAGAGCAGGAAAUACCCAGACCUUAAGGAAUGAUGAAAUUGCUUAAGUACAGGGCAGACAAAAUUCUCUUCUCUACUCCCAUACAAUGGGUUUUCCCCCACACAGAGCAGCCACUCCUGUUUGCAGCUCUGCAUUCUUUCUCUAAUUCUCUUUGACUUAGAUUGAUUUCAAUUGCAGGAAAAGUCCCUUUGGUUACUGAUGUUGGUGAUGACGACAGGCAGUAGUAAACCUGGCAGCCUCUGAGAACCUUGUUAGCUGAAGGAAUAAAGCUCGGUUACAGUAAACACGUGGGAGUAAGUCCCAUUGACUGCAUUGGGUUGCAUGUUAACUAGGGCUGCCAAACGUCUGGGUUUUCCCAGACUUAUCCAAGAAUCAGAUGUCGAAAAUGGCACCUGGAGAAUUUUUUUGCCAUUCAGAAAAAUAUAUGGAAAAACCUGGAUAUCUGGCAACUCCUGUUGAGAGUGGGGUUUGUUUGUUUUUGCCAAUUUUCCUGGAAAAUUGCUCAUAAACUUUUUUUUGGGGGCAGACUUUGCUAAAAAAAAAAAAAAAAGCUCAUCAACUGUGGUGUCUGGAUUUUCACUUUUUUAAAUAUGGCAACCCUAAUUAGCUGCAUUAAUGUCCCAUUGCUUUCAGUGGGACCUAAGUCAGUACUAAGGUUGUGUGUGCACACUAUACUUUUAGAGCACAUUCUUCCCUCAAAUAAUUUUGGGCUCUGUAGUUUACCCCUCACAGAAUCAGAAUCCCCAGCAAACCUUAACAAAUCACGGUGCCCAGAUUUCUUUGAGGGAAAGAAUGUGCUUUAAAUGUGCUUUAAAGGUAUAUUGUAGUCACAGUCUAAUUUGUACAAAUGAUUUCAUGGAGACAUACAGUUAGUGCAGCUAACUUAAAGUUGUAUUCAGCACUGCUGUACCCGGGCCUUAGGUUGCCUACCCCUGAAUUAGAGGGUUGUCCUAUGUCAGGGGUCACCAACCUAAGGCCCGGGGGCCGGAUGUGGCCCAAUCACCUUCUCAAUCCGGCCUGCGGACGGUCCGGGAAUCAGCGUGUUUUUACAUGAGUAGAAUGUGUGCUUUUAUUUAAAAUGCAUCUCUGGGUUAUUUGUGGGGCAUAGGAAUUCGUUCAUUUCCCCCCGCAAAAUAUAGUCCGGCCCACCAUAUGGUCUGAGGGACGGUGCACUGGCCCACGGCUGAAAAAGGUUCCUGACCCCUGACCUAUGUGAAGUAGGACACAUGGCCACCCCAUAGACACAGUUUCUCUCUUUCUCAUUUCUUCAAUCAAGGUACCCUCCCUUGUCCUAGCGCCUGAUAGUUGCAUUCUUGGAUUCUUAUGUUCUUCAGCAAGAUGAGUUUUGAUGACUCAGCUGUUAAGUGAGCCUAAGCAUGCACUUUUGCUUUGCAAAUUGAAAACACAUGGCUGGAUCACAGUGUUUCCUGCUGUUUUUAAGCAUAGACUUGUUAUAAGAAAAUCUGCUCCCUUUUCUUUAUGGGGUAUUCCAGAGCCCAUAUAUAGUCCUUAAGUGGGUUCCCUAUCGGUAGGAGUGUAGCAGGAACCCCCCACCCCAAUCAUUCAGUUUGUACAAACUUCACACACUCACACUCACACACUACAUAUGCCACACUUCUGUUAUAAAUUUAUAGAAAAAUCAACCAUACAUCAGAUUUGCACUGUUCCAUUUUUAUUUUACUCCAUAUGACAAGGACUAUCAAAGGGGGGUGGCUUGGUUCUGGUCAGCCAUAAUCCCUUGAGCAUACCAGCACAUCCACAGGAGCCCUGCCCAGUUGCUAUGCCAACCCUGAUGGUCCUAGACAGAAGACCAUCAAGAUCACAAAGAACUUGCAUAUGGGAGUAGAUUCAGCAUGGACUGAAACAAAGGACAAUGAUAAGAUCUUCCCUCUGGGGGCAGGAAACUGCCAACUCCCCUUUGUCUCCUGGAAGUGACUCAUGGGCAGGGGGAAAGGAGGAACCAGCCAGGUGACAGGACACUCAGGUUACCACCACAACACCUCCCUCAACCCCUCCUUUCUGUAAUGUAUGCAUGAUGUUUCUGGGGGUGGGCUUGACCUAGAGGAUGGGAAUUUGAAAAGUUUUUAUAAGGUCUUGCACACCAUCUUUCUGGGUCUUUCCUCUCUCCUGCAAGUGAGGGGAACACCCUGUUGCAACAGUUCAAUAAAGGCCAAGCCUACAGGCUGCUGAUUUGCUCCAAUUUACUCUGGUUGGUGUCUUUGUUUUUGUCCAAGGGAGCCCUCGGAUUUUUCCGGUAACAGGAGAAAACAAAGGCCAACCAGAGUAUAUUGAGAAGCAAAGUGGCUAGUAAGCCUGAUCUUUAUUAACUGUUGCAACAGAGUCCCCACUCACCACACGCAGGAGGGAUGAGAACCCUGAACAAUGAUGCGCAACCCUUUACACUGUAUAGACUUUUGAAAUUCCUCACUCUGUAGCCCAAGACCACCGCAAAACAUCAUACAUACAUCACAGAAGGAGGCAGUCUACAGCAGAAAUCCUGCCUGCCAGGAUACCUAAUAAUAGUCACUGGUUGCAUUACUUGGGCAGUCUGGCCAUUCUUUUGUGAUGGUUAAUACUUUAGUUCCUGAAUCCAGGUCACAGGCUCACCCUAUUCACACACAAAUAUGCCCUUAAGACAGGAUUUGCAAGCAAAAACACAAUGGGAAGGCUUUCCCCAUUUGCCUUCCUCACUGUAGUGGAAUAUCUGGGGUCAUUGGCACAGUCAAAAUAGAUUCAGGAUUGCUCUCCCAUUCUAUUCAGACACGUGGUUCAUAUAUUUAGAUAUGUGUGCAUUUAUGAAUAUUUAUUCUAUAUUUGAGACCUUUAAAUUCCUAUAACAGACUAUAGCUGCAAGCACAGCAUACAUUCAAAGCCCAUGACUUUCCCAAACAAAUCCUGGGAACUGUAGUUUAUCCCUUACAGAACUACAAUGCCCAGCACCCUUAAGGAACUAUACCAGCCAGCACAAGCAUUCUGCUGCUUGAGGCAGAGAAGUUACACACACACACACACACACACACACACACACACUACACCAAUUCAAGGUACAGCCCUGCCACAAAUUAAGCCUAAAAGAAUACCCCUGUCAUACACACACUCUACAGUUUUAAACCUUUCCUUCUGCAGUUACACAGGAAGGAAUGCUGAUCUUCCACUCCCUCUGGGUAAACCAGAACACUGAGUUAAUUAGAAGGGUGGCACCUGUGUUUACCUGGCACAGGGCAGCAAAUCUGGAUGAUCCUAAAUAUAGAAUUCAUCCAAGGCAGCAGCCUCAUGUAUGACAUCAUGGUGGGUGGGUCUGGCUGGGUUGCACAAAAAUUGCUGCUUCUCUGCUUAAUGAUGCUUUUGUCAGGGGCUAUGUACUGUACUUGUUGGAUUAUCUUCGCUGGGAUAUAUGUGUGACCUCGUCAUUAGCAGUUUUAAGGAGAACUCUAAAGGCCUUAAAAAUAAUAAUCAAUGUGUGUUUUUAAAUUGUUGCACUGGGGAUCAAUUGUUCAUUUUGAAAGGGCUAUUGUGGUUUCAGUUUGAUGGUUAUGAAGAACUAUGACCCCAUCUGCACUAUACAUUUAAAGCACUGUCAUACCGCUUUAAACAGUCGUAAAGGUAAAGGGACCCCUGACCAUUAGGUCCAGUUGUGACUGACUCUGGGGUUGCAGCGCUCAUCUUGCUUUAUUGGCCGAGGGAGCCGGCGUACAGCUUCCAGGUCAUGUGGCCAACAUGACUAAGCCACUUCUGGCAAAAUCAGAGCAGCGCACGGAAACACCGUUUACCUUCCUGCUGGAGCGGUACCUAUUUAUCUACUUGCACUUUGAGGUGCUUUCGAACUGCUAGGUUGGCAGGAGCAGGGACCAAGCAACGAGAGCUCAUCCCGUCGUGGGGAUUCGAACCGCCGACCUUCGGAUCGGCAAGUCCUAGGCUCUGUGGUUUAACCCACAGCGCCACCCACGUCCCCUGACUAAACGGUCAUAGCUUCCCCCAAACAAUCCUGGUUUGUUCAGGGUGCUAAGAGUUGUUAGGAGACCCCCUAGUUUGCUCAAAGAGCUGCAGUUCCUAGGGUGGUUAACAAUUAUUGUAAUCCUUUCCCCCAGUAAACUCAGUGGUUGGCCACUGUGAGAACAGGAUACUGAACCAAAUGGGCCAUUGGCCUGAAAGAGCAGUAUUUUUAUUACAUUCUUUAUGAUCUCUUCUCCAAGCUAAACAUACCCAACUCACCAGCUUCUCAGCCCCUCACCAUUUUUGUUGCCCUUCUUUGGACAUGCUCAAGUUUGUUACAAACCGUUUAAAACUACUGUGCCCCAAACUGGACACAGUUACUUAUUCCACACGUGGCCUAAACUAAGCAGAACAGAAUAGGAACAUAACUUCUCACAAUCUGACACCUAUACCUCUGUUGAUGUAGCCUAAACCUUUAUUAGCAUUUCUGUGACUCAGCACACAAUCAUUGGGAGCCAAUAUAAAACACUGAGAUGUUUUAGACCACAAUUCCCAUCAGCUUCAGCCAGCAUGGAGUGAGCAAGGUUGCCCUGCAGCAAACUCUGCCUUGCUAGGCUACCAUUUGCUGGCCCAAUGUGAAGUGGGAAAAGGGCCCAGGAAGUAUUGGUUGCAAAUGAUUUCCCUGGCUCCAUUUCUGCUCCUUAAAAACUACCUUUCAGAAGCGCUCCUGAGUCCAGAAUUGUUUUGCACCCAGUUAAGGAAGCAACUUCAAAUGCAAUGAACGAGAGUGCCAAGGCAUGCGGAAUUAAAACUGAAAAAGGAAAGAGGGUUUCCCGUUGAAGGUCAGAAUAACCCUGCCUGUAUUGUUUGGCAGCAGUUGGAAAAGUAAUGCUCUUAGUUCUUUAGACAUGGCCUUGAAGGAGUCUGGAGUUUCUGUCCUAUAUAGGAAAGAAGCAGUUUCUCAUGGGAAAUACUAUCAUAAACAUGUAUCAAUGACAGUUUGAUUAAGACUGCAAUCAGUCAUGAUUGUUUUCAGUUUCACCUCAGCUCCAUUGUGGUUACAAUGUAUUUAGAUCUUAACAGUAUCAGCAAUGGCUUUGCCGGCCUUCUUAGGUAACGGAAUGAAACAUAACUGGAAAUUCCACUUUCACUGGGAAAUUAAUGAAUGGUUUGUUGUUUUGUUGGCCAUGUGAGAAGGAAAAGGAACUGAUUUUUUCUUGAUUUGACUGCUUAAUCUUUUGUAAACCACUGAGGGUUCUUUUUUUAAUCAAGUGGUAUAUAAAUUUUAUGAAAGAAAGAAAAGGUGGAAUGCUGAACAAGCUUUUGAUGUUAAAAUAACAAAGUCCGCAUGUCCGUGCACCUAUCUGACUGCAUGCACACAAUGAUUUGUUCAUUGAUCUAUGCAGGCAUUGACAGAACAUGCAUGUGGAAAAUUAUCAUGUGCCAUAGUAGGGUGUGAAUCGCCAGUCUCUAGGGAUAAGUCAAAUUGCCUGUGUGGGGAACAGAGUUCUCUUCCUAACCUUGAUUGCAAUCCUAUCACAUUGGUCACUUUUUGUCUCCUACCUGUAGAAAGGAGCCAGUCUGGUGUACUGGUUAGAGUGUUGGUCUAGGACCUGGGAGACCAGAGUUCAAAUCCCCACUCAGCCAUGAAGCUCACUGACUGACCUUGUGCCAGUCAUUGCUUCUCAGCCAAACUUACCUCAAAGGGUUGUUGUGAGGAUUAAAUGGGGGGGGGGGGGUUAACUAUGAACUCAUUGAGAGAAAAAGUUCAGAUACAAUAUGCAAUAAAUACAAAUAAUUAUAAUUGUUCAGCAUUCUCCACUUCAAUCUAACAUUAUCCAUAUGCUUUGAAAAGCACUAGCACCACCUGUAGGUUCAAUCGAGAGAAAGUAAAGCAUUCAUUAUUCACAACUGAUUUUUCAAUUGUUUAGUUGUAUACUUAAAUCUCAUUCGUUCUCAAGAUAGUACAAUUUUCAGGUUCAGCACAUUUACUUUAAAACAGUUGAGCCAUGUUCUCUAAAACAUCACAUAGUAGCAUAUAUUUCCUUACCUCUAAAAAGUGAGAAAGCUCCUGUUGAAAGAAAUACAGUGUUUGAAAGUGGUUGAGUUCUGCUUUCACAUCUUUGACUGGUACUCCCAAGGAAAUAGUUUGUUUCAGGAAAAAAUGAAUCACGGAAAAAUAUUCUUUUGUUGUAAAAUGUGUCCAUGUUGUUAAACCUGUCACCUUCUUAAGACAAAACUACGGUAUUUUAAGACUUGAGGAAAUUCCUGUUUCAACCACAAGGUAGCGCCCAUACCCAUUUUUUUUAAAUUGCAUAUACGAUACUGAACAUAGCGAACCUUGCUGUAACUCUGUGUAACUUAGAAACCCAAAACCUAAGGUACAAUGUAAAUAACUCGGGAACAAAACAUUUUGAUACUUUUUUUUUUUUUUUGCAAUACCCACAGGGCAUUCAGAUUGCUUCUUUAAAUGCUAUUCCAUAUUUUAAAAGGAGAAAGUGCUUUGAGGCACCUUAAAGAUUAAGGCUGCUUAUCUGAAAGAAACCUUCGUUGAACUUAAUGGCACUUACUUUUGAGUAGAUACAUAUAGGAUUGUGCUGCAACAGAUUUAUUGAAGCAAAAGCUUUUGUGGACGAGAGCAGAGGUUUUGGGUCCAGGGCUCCCUUGACCAACUAUCUUCUUUCUGCGGCACCCCUGAGGGGCUUAGGACCCCAGUUGUGUCACCCCUUGCCUGCAGACUUGGUAGCCUCUUGCCCUUUUUCGAACACCCUCCCUUGGGGAGUGUUCAUUCAGCCUUCUCUCCUCUCCCCUCUCCUUGGGAGUCCUCUGGGCAGCUGUAGCUGCCGCUCCUGGUCUCUGUGCUGCCCCCCCCCACUCCAAAGAGAGGUGCCUCCUCACAUUGCCCCACAGGGGCCAGCGAAGCAACCCCUGGCCAGCCCCAGUGCACCAUUCUCCUGGGGAGCUUGUAGCCAGGGCUGCUGCACAAACAGCUGUGCAAGCCUUUGGGAGGCAGACAUGAGAGAGCAUCAGAGGAGAGGGGGAAAGAAAGAGGGACAGAGGCCAGUGUUGCCCGAGGCACCCCUGACCACCAUUCAAGGCACCCCAGGGUGCCACGACACACUGGUUGAAAACCACUGGACUAGAACCUUACUCAACAGACAUGUGUGUGAUCCGCAUUUGGAAGAUACCCAUAAUAUGUAAACAGUGGAGCAAAAAGAACAUUAAAUGUAAGGGAUAGCAACCAGUCUGUGACAUUUCUAUGUGGAGCCCAGCAAAAGCAACAAUGCAGAGCAGUGAGUGUGAAUAUCUCAUGUGACUCCAUGUUGCAGUUGGGCCAUUUUAGACUCUGGACUUCAUAAAUCUUCAUUGUCUGAACUGUGAGAACCGUGGGGAAUGGAAAGCCCAAACAGGAGAAAGCAUGAUCAGGUGUUCACACUGCAGCGAAUGGGUUGUUGCGCAAAACCUUUUUGGACCUGUGCCACAAUGAAAAAAUGCAAACAAUAUCAAAACUGCAAUACAUCACUUUGCCAGCAAAAUGCAUAAAAAAGAUUCAAUAAUGUGCAAAAAGCGCAUGGGGAAAAAACAAGAAAUUCCUAAGGCAAAUGGUGUGAGCACUGAUCCUUGUUGUGUGCACAAAGAUUAAGUUUCUUAUGGCCCAUCUGCUGGGGAAAGAGGCAGAUAGCUAAGCUAUCAUUGAAUAGACCAGGGAUGGGGAACCAUUUUUGACCCAAAGGGCCACGUUCCUUUCUGAUCAAUCUUCCGGGGGCCACAUGCCAAUGGUGGGUGGGGCCACAGGUAAAAGUAAGCAGAGCAAGGAAUGUAAAUUUUACCAUUGUCUGGUAGCCUAGUUUUUGCACACCUCUUUCCUAGGCCUACCUCUCUAUCCUCCCUGCAGGCAAGGAAGAAACAUUGUUGAGACUGAUUUCAGCCAGGCAAAACCACUCAAAGAGGGCUAGUGAGGGCUGUGAUCCAGAGAGUGCAGCAUCUCCCCCCCCCCCCCGGCUUGAGGUUUGCCAUCCCAAGGAGAACCUGUGGGAUACACAGAUGGGUGGAAUUUCAGAUGUACAACUGGCACACGUAACUAUUUUAAUCACAUUUUUAGAGGUUUCUUUGUACUGUUGGUAAUGGGAUCAUGUUCUCUUUUUCUACAGUGUGACAUGUUCUCAUUGAGAAUGCUUUCCCUGCAUGUAAUCUGUGUAAUCUGUUCUGGGUUAGCUAAGCACAUACCUGUCUUCUUUCAUAUUUCAUUUUUAACUAUGUUGUUUCUGACCUGCUCUUUCUGGGUUAAUAAAAGUGUGCAUAUGUGAGCAGGGAGAUGUGCAGCUGGAUUCUCUUCCUGUUGUUAAUUAUUAUACUAAUAUUAUAGUCAUGAGAAAAUAUCGAACAUUAUGUCAAGGGCAUAAGCUGUGGGCAAAGCAAAAGCCACAAUCCAACAAAUGGUAGUUGCAACUGAAAUCAGUGGUACUUAAAUAAGGCCCCAUCUGCACUAUGGUCAUGGCUUCGCCCAAAGAAUCCUGGGUGAGGUAUAAAUUUAAUAAGUAAAUAAAUUAAAGAGAGAUCUGGGAAUGAACAGACAAGGAAAGGAAGGAAGCAGCAUGAGAGUCAAAUGACCGAAACCUUCUGUAGCAGUAUCCCAAUAAACAGCACCCAUAGACAGAAGAAAGGGCAGAUUGUUCAUUCCUCCCAGAUAAAAAGUUUGAUAAAGAUGAGAAGUUCAGCAGUUUGCUCCUGGAAUUUUUUUUAUUAUUCUGAUAAAUUUUUUCUUCAUGUGGCUGUAGUCAAUUCGAAUUAAGGCAAUAAUUCCCUUCUGUUUGUGUUAUAGAUACUUCCUUCUCUCGUUCCCUCCCCCUCUUAGUUAGAUGCUCCAUGGAAACCCAGAUGAGACAACAAACACAGAUUCCAAAGUUCAACCCAACAAUACUGCCAAAGAAUGGGAGAGAUAAUAUAUCGUAAUUAUAGCAAAGUACAGCUGUAUAACUUUCCCUAAUGUGUGGCCCUUAUUUGCCAGGGAAUUCUUUUCUUCCUCACCUUGAAUAUGGACCUUCAAGGAAGUUGGGUAUCAGCAGCAGCUGAUUUCAUCAGCUGAAUGGCAGGGGAAGAGACACUUAUGGGAAGUUGGUUGGGUGAUCACUAAAAUAUAUAGGACCAGGAUUGUUUUUACUUUCAAAUGUCAGUACUCUGAAUUAUACCUGGAACGAGACUGGCAAGCAAUGGAACUCAGUAGAUAGAGUGUAAGGUGCCAUGUUUUCCACUAACUGCUGUUUCUGAACACCUUUCGGCCCUUAUGAGUUCAAAAACUCCCCUCUUCCUUCAGCAUAGGAAAAGACAACAUGUUUGAUAAGUUAAAAAUUGGUUUACUUACAAAUUCUUCAAAGGUCAGGUUCAUGUGCUUUUCCAUACAUCAGUCAAAAAUGUUGUACAAGCCGUAAAACUAGGCUUAGUUGUACAGUGGUGAAAGUUCCUAAAUUAUUGGUGUAGAUACAGAAUAAUGGUUUGUGAGAGCCAUGUGAGAACCUCUUCACACGUUGAGCUUCUCAGGUAUACUGAGGUGCAGCAAUAAGUUCAAUUACUUUCCUCCCAAGUAGCGAGGGAGGGACCUAAACUAAACUGGCAGAACAGUUUAUUCUAUGGCCUUAACCUCUGUGUUAAUUAGACUUAAGCAUGUUGGUUAUGAGACUGAUUAUCCCAUACCCCCAACCUUAGAUCCAUGGAGGCCAUUGAGCUCCCUCUGUGUAUUAGAUUUGUCAGUCUGUCUUCAAAUUUUUUCUUUUGAUUAUAAGACUCCUCCUUGGCUAGGGAGGAGCUUAGCCUAUGUAAGCUUCUUACACCAAGAGCAGGCAUCCCCAAACUCAACCCUUCAGAUGUUUUGGGACUACAAUUCCCAUCAUCCCUGACCACUGGUCCUGUUAGCUAGGGAUGAUGGGAGUCGUAGUCUCAAAACAUCUGGAGGGCCGAGUUUGGGGGUGCCUGACCCAAGAGAAAGAGGGAUGAAAGCAGGAGAAUAAGCCCAGCUGGCCCAAUCCUUUCCUCUCUGCCUCAUCCCACCUAUCACCUCUCCUUGUCUUUCAUUCUCCCUACAGCCAUCUGUGUGUGUAGGAAUCACAUGGUGGCCAAUUUUUUUAAAAGCAUCAUGGCAUAUACCGGGGUGACCAACUCCCAAGAGACUGCGAUCUACUCACAAAGACUGACAGUGAUCAAACUUAUUGAGCUUUUCUUAGGGGAGCCAAACUUGUUGAGCUUCUUUGGGGGGAGCCAGUGAUCUACUGAUCUACCACAGAUGUCCGGUGAUCUACCUGUCGACCAUGAUCUACCUGUUAGACUUGCCUGGCAUAUACUGGUUUUCCAGAAUUUUUUUCAGAGAAAAUGUAAAACAAAAUAAAAAACACCUGAGAAUGAAUUAGAUAGAGGGGGCUGGUAGUGCAAUUACAGUGCAUCAGAGAGUAAUAGAAAAUAUAAAUCCUAUAAAUGUGUUUUUGGUUGGCAUGCCCCAGUCUGGAGAGACAAUGGCGUGUACCUCCAGGGGUCAAGUCAAACCACUGGCGAAUCACAGCACCUGCUGUGGCUGCAGAAACUGGUAACUCAUAAUUGCUGCCUCCUGUGUUGCUUUUGCUGCAUUAGUAGCACCAAAGUGAUGUAUAUCGCUUAAGAUUAUAUGCACAUUAUACUUAUUAUAAAGGACUUUAAUAAAAUUAUAUUAUUUAAGGUCUCAAACAGAGAUAGCAUUUCUUUAAAACAAAAAAGCACCAACCUAACAAUCAUUAAACUAUAUUUUCUCCUCUACAUAAUUAUCACAGCCAAGUCUAAGCAUAUGACAUGAUUAGAUGUUAAUAUAUUUCCUUUCCUCUGACACCUGCAACCCAUCUCACAGAGAAUAGUUUAAUUUUCUUCAACUCAAACAGAACAUAUAUUAACAUUGACUUUUCUGCCCGAUCACAUCAUUUAUCCAUUCUUUGAUCACUGGAGUCUCUCUGUCUCCCAUAUUCUCCAUAUUUUAUUUCUUGCUGUGACAAUCAUAUUAACGGCCAAUUCUUGAUCUAUUGUUUUAUUUAAAAAAGUUGCUUCUAUAAGCUAAUAAGAAAAAUUGCAAAUCCAUUAUUCAUGCUUUCCCUCCUCAUUUCUUCUCUUCUCAUAUAUCAAUAAUUCUUAGCUGAAGGGCAAUUCUGUCACAACUGGGGAAUUUUCCCCUCCCAUUUCGACACUUCCAUCAAUUAUUGCUACAUUUUUUUUUAUUAAAUUUAAUUUUGUUGGUGUAAUACACCAUGCUACCAUCCUAGUAUAGCACCAGGUCAUCAUUUCGAAAUUGAUCCCUUGCAAAUUAUGCACGUAAAGAAUAGCAAUAUGAUGUUUCUCUGUCUCCUCCUGUUUGUUUAAUGCUUUAAGAGAAGAGCUUUGUGAAACUGUUGGUGUUCAUAGAAUCAAAUGUUUGACUUCGCCUUAUAGAAUAAAGACUGCAAUACCUUGAAUAAACGUCAUGGAAAAUAACAGCAGUUCUGCAGCACAAUUCUAUGCUUACUUACUUAGAAGUAAGCCCCAUUCCUCAUCAUUUCUAGGGCAGGUGUUGGGAGCCUGUGACUCUCCAGAUGUUGUUGGAUUCCAAUCACACCAGCCUCAACCAGCAUGGCGAAAUGUAAAGGAUGAUGGGAAUAUGUGGAGGACCACAAGUUCCCUUUAAACCUUUUCUAAUUUAAUGAGGUCAUGAUAAGAAUGCUUUACGCCCAGGGAUGGAAGGAAGAGAAAACACCAGCUAAAGAAGAGUGGAUUAUGGAGACAAUAGAAUACGCUGAAAUGGCAAAGAUGACUGGAAGAAUCAGACACCAAGAGGAAAACAAAUUUAAUACAGAAUGGAAAAAGUACAUAGAUUAUAUUAAAGAAUAUUGGAAAGACUUAAAGACGUUAGUAGGAUUUUCAUAACACUUGUAAUCUGCGAAAACCAAAAGACUUAAAAAAAAAAAAGAGGAUUAAACCAAAGUUAGAUAAUUGUAAUCAAAUGCGGUAAAGAUUAAAAAAAAUCUACAUUUUGAAAACCAGAGUGGGUGAUGGUGGUGGUGGGGAAGUCUGGGGGUUCAGAGAACCCCAAGUUUGUAUCAGUGUUAUUUGGUUUGAAUGGAUGUUUAUAAUGUUAAAAAAUAUGAAAAGAAAAAAGAGAAAAAAUGAGGUCAUUAUCACAACCAUAGGAUGCAAUCCUAUACUCAUCUGGAAGUAAUCCCCAUUGAAUUCAGUGUGCCUUAUUUCUGAGUAGUCAAAGGGCACUGUUAGUUUGUUACCAACUUUGCAGCAGCCCACAUGUCAUGUGAAGACUUGAAGUAACUUAUCCCAGGCAAUCCACGGUGGAAGUGGGAUGAAUUCAAGCCCACCCAGUGGACCAUAUUGGCAAUGUCCUGGCAAUGUCCUGUGAAGGAGAUGGCAAUCCCAUAAACUACUAGCAAUAUGUUUCUCCUGGUUUGAAAUAACACUUCUGUAAAUACUAUCCCAGUUUUGCUCAUUAAAGAGCUUAUUUGAGAUGAGCAGGAGGGAAAUAAUAAAACCAUUAUUAUUAUUAUUAUUAUUAUUAUUAUUAUUAUUUUCUUCCAGAUGUUGGCUUUUGCUGAUGACUGGCCACAUUGAUCCCACCAAGCUGGACAUCUCUAUGUUGAACACUAUGAGUCCAAAUAUACUAGCAGGAUUAGUACCAGUGGAACAGCAGCCAUUGCUUAGAAGUAAACUAGCAGCAACCCUAGCUGAGCUCACUAUGCCGGUGAUAACAGGUACAUCUUCUACAAGCUACUUCCUAUUUCGCGUUGGAAGGUGGUGACUACAUUUGAAUUGGCUGCCUCAGGGAUCAAACUGUUUUGGGUUGGUCCUUGCUGCUGUAUGUUAAUUAUCAUGCUUGGGUUGAAUGAUCCUAACAAUUCCAUAAGAUGUUCAUAGAAUCAUAGAGAUGGAAGAGACCACAAGGGCCAUCGAGUCCAACCCCCUGCCAAGCAGGAAACACCAUCAGAGCACUCCUGACAUAUGGUUGUCAAGCCUCUGCUUAAAGACCUCCAAAGAAGGAGACUCCACCACACUCCU